UGAGGCUGCAUAAAAUUAUAAUUGUUUACAAUCGGAUUGGAGCGUAAGAUGAAUGCAACAUAGUCGCCAACCACAAAAUCUUCCAUGUCUAGAGGAGUUGAUUGAAAUCUCGAGCCUACUAUCAUUCAAUAUGUGUCAACUGUACAGUGUACAGCUUCAAGGUAAACAUUAAACUUGUGCAUCUAUUUUAAAUUAUUUUUUUUUUUGAUUUCACAAUAUAUGGCCAAACAAAUACUCUUUUAAUUUAGUAUAAUGUAAUUUUUUAAAAAUUGGUAUAGCAAAUUAAUUAAAAAUCAAUUGGUUGAUAUAGGUAGAUUAAUUUAAUUAAUGAAUCACAUAAGAGGUUGGUUGGCCUAUUGAAAAAUUUAAUUUAGAUUUUUUCAAGAAUAAUGCCUUUUAAUGGCCGAAGAAGAAAAUGUUGGGGUUGUAUUUGGAAAUUUAGAGACCUUUCAAGAAUACAAAGAAGAACUAUUAUUAGUGAUCAUUGCAGGAGCUUAAAGUGCUGAAUGUAUUAAUGGGUGCCUAUGUUUCAUGUAGGUUUUAGGAAUGUAGUAAGUUAUUCUGCUGGAACAAUUCAAAUUUCAAACGUAUAUUAUCAAUAAAUUUAUAAAAGAUUUCAUGUAUUAACUAAUUAUUAUUGUUACUUUGAGAAAUAUCCAUAACAUCAGUGUAAAAGUAAAGAUAUAAAUAUUUCCAAAAGUAACAAUAUAUUUGACAAUGAUUGUAUUUUUUAAGUUUUUUUUUUUUAUUUAGUUUUUUCCAAUGGUAUAUGCUCUAACUACAAAAAAAACUGAUCACAUAUGAAUCGUUCUUCGUGAUUGUUUGGUACAUUUUGGGUUUAAACUAUGAAGAUCUUGUUAUAGUAACAGACUAUGAGCUUGGCCUUAUGAACGUUGUAAGGAAUAUUUUCUCAGAGAGUAAAUUACAUAGAUGCUGGGUUCAUUAUUGGCAAGUGAGUAUCAAAUAGAUUUAUGAUUAAAAGCCUAGUAAAAGAGAAUAAAAUUGUUUUGUUCAUGUUGUCUAUGUUUCUUUUAUUUGUUUAGGUAAGGUACUGACUAUCACUCUAUAGUGACUAGGUACUAAAUAGAUAUUAUUAUGUGUCUAGUCUGUUAUACUGUACCACCGGAGAAAAUUGAUCAGUGUUCCAUCUAUUUCAAUCCAAUUAUCUGGUUGGUGGGCUAGAGUAUUAGGCAUGGUAAUUUAAUUAAUUUUAAACUUUUUAUUACCGACUGAUUGUAUUAAAAUAUUCUUCUUAUAUUAUUUCAUUACCUGAUAUAAAUAAGUAUAGUUUUUAAAUCUUAUCUCUACCACAUCUAUCUGCAGAAGUCAAAAACAAAUGUAAUUUCAUCAUGUUAAAUGGUUAAAAGUAAUUUUUGAUCUCCAACCACCAAAGAGAUUUUGAAUAACUUCAAGUAUUUUUCAGUAAUAAAUAUUUUUAAUUAAAAAACAACUGCACUUAUCAAAAAAUGUAUACAUUUUAUAUACACCUUAUAUUACCAAAAAAAAAAAUAAAAAAAUAUACAGUAAAACUUUCAUAAUGGUCUCUAUGUAACAGUAAUUUUUUUUAGUCCCAUCAAGUGUUAUGGAAAAAAUACAUUAAUGCCUCUAUUUAGCGGGCAUUCUAAAUACCUGUCAAAAUAUAAGAUAAAUUGUAUAGGAGUAUAUAAGGAGUUUAAGAAAUUUAAAGUAAGCGGUUUUCCAAAUUAUUUAUAGCAGUUUGUAGUUAUUUCAUCAAACUUUUACGAUAACUCUAUGAAUACAGUGGGCCUAUGAAUUUUAUUGUGUUUCAUUAAUUUCCUAUGUCAGUUGAAAAUGUUUGGCAAAGUGUGUGGUUAUGGUGGCGUCCAAAUGAAAAAACCUAACUGUAACAGAGAAAAUAUAGUUGUUAGAGUAUUAUGAAAAAAAAUGUGACUGCAUGUGCUUUCGCAGAUAAAUUUGGAAUAUGCAAAAUUUAAGUCACAAAUUCAAUAAAAAUAAAAAAACUGUUUUAAAAUUAUGGAAAUCUAACAGUAUAGUGAAAUGUUUAAAACGUCAUAAAAUCAAUUCAAUUAGUAUCAACGAUGUAGUGUAAAAAUGGUUUUGUGCUGCACAUGCUAAAAAUAUUCUAAUUAAUGGACUCAAAGAAUUUAUAAGUAAAGAACUAGAAAUUUAAAAUUUUAAAGUGUCAAAUGGUUGGCAUGAUAAAUUUAAAGCACGGUAUAAUAUUUCUUAUAAAGUUGUUUGUGGUGAAAGUAAUAUAGUUAAUACGGAAACUGGACGAAUAGCGUAUAAAAGUAAAAAAUGAAUUUCUCUUAUGAGUCUUAAAAAAUAUUUUUAAUGCCGAAACCUCGUUGUUUUAAAAAUGCAGACAUAAAACGUCUGGGAGGCAAAUAAAAAAAAAAUGUAUGAUGUGAAGUAUAAUGACUGAGUGUUUAAUGUGGUUUAAUGUAAAAAUGUAAAAAGAAAAGCGUAUGUACAGUUACUUCAUUUUUGGAUAAUGCUACAUCACGUCAUCUUGAUUAAAAGUUAUAAAAAUAUAUAAUUAGGAUUUUUACUACCAAAUACAACGCUACACUGCUAGUCUCUAGAUCAAGGUAUUUUUAAUUUUGAUACAUAUUAUAAUAUACACAACUAUUUUAUUUUAAAUUAUACAUACUAUAAGUUAUAUGGAAGUUUUAGUGUAUUUAUACAAAGUUCUCAUAAAUCUAUUAUUACCCAAGAAAAAUAUUAAAAUAUCUAAUAUUUAAUUUAUUUUACAAACUUGGUUUUCAUAUGAUUAUUUACAUAUUUUAAAAUAACAGUUGAUGAUAAUACAAAAUAACUUAAGUAAAAAUAAUAAAAAUAUAAUUUGCUAAAAAAAGCUUUAAAUAUAAAUUACAUCGGGUUGAAUGUUUUAUUUUAUGAUUGAAUUUAUAUUGUGUUCAAAGCCUUGGCUUUAAUAUAAACAAUAUUGACCUAUCAUUCAACUAUUCGAAGAAGUUAUUUUAAAACAAUUUGCUGAGAAUAUAUAAGCAUCUUUUAAUCUGAAAUAUUCUUUAACUACUGUUCACUGGGAUAGAUUUAUAUUACCUGAUAUUACUGGUAAAGAUUAAAUUGAUCAUCUUCCUAUUUUAUUAUCUGAAGAUUGAGUAAGUUAGCUCCUCAAUGUUCUAAAGAUUGAAUCUGGAUCUGUAGAAGCUUUGUGAAAUGCUGUUAUAGAGUCAUUAUUUGAUUGGGAUAAAACAGAUCACGUUAUUAUUUGACACAACAGCCAGAAACACUUGACACUACAUGGAGCUGCUCUAUUUUUGCAUCAAAUGUGUUAUUCUUAAAAUUGGUUGUAUCUUAAAUUUAAUUUUUAAAAAUAAUUGUGUUUAUAUUUAUACAUAUUAUAUAUAUAUACACACACACAAACAGAAGUCAAAUGCGUUUUAAAACCUUAAAAUGUUGGUACUUGCAAAAAAUUAACCUAGAAAGGGAACCAAUAUAAUAAUUGUACACUACCCCCUAAUUCUGUAUAGUUGCGGCACUGAUUAAGUUAAGUGAGGAUAAAAUCGGUAGAAAAUUAUAACUUGUAUGUCGUCAUCAUGUACUAGAAUCAGUUUUAGGAUCUGUUUUUACUAUUUGUUAUAAUAGUCCGUUGACUGGACCAAACAUUAAAAUCAGUGGUGUAAUUUUGGCAUAAUGUCAGAGGUUGCAAAGACCUGCCCCCACAUUCAACAUUAUAAAAACAAAUAAUUUAAUACAAUCAUAUUAUUAUAUAUUAUUAAUAUAAAAUUCAUUACACAAAUCUAUAUAAUUUUUUUUAUACAGGUACACGUUAUUACACAAAAUUAUGAAUUAUAAAUCGCAUAAUCUUUUACUAUAAAUUAGGAUACAAAAUUGUAACUGCUUUAUUGUUCUAUAUUUGAAUUUAUUAUAUUUUUUUAAUUUUUAAUGUUUAAUAAUUAAAAUAUUCCAUAACUUACAUUAAAGAAUAUAAUUAAAUAUUAUAUUAGUAAAAAUAUGAUGAUUGAAAAGUUUGAAUUUAAAAAUAGGUUUAUUUUUAUUUAAUUUAUAAUAGCGAGUAGUGAUUUGUAAAUUUUAAUCAAUUCAUUGUAUUUUUAUCGGUGGAGUAUUGAUAAUAUAUAAUUUCAAUUUUGUCAUUCUUGAAUAAGUUUUUUUUCAUAAUUAAAUAAUAAAAACGAAAAAUAGAAAUUUCAGGGGUUGCAAAUCAAUACAUUUCUGACUCCCCAAUUACGCCACUGAUUAAAAUAUUCCAAAUAUUUCAACAACAGUGGAAAAAUAUUAAUGAAAAUAAAUUUCAAGUCUUAAUAGAAAGAGCGACUAAUCAAGACCAAUGAAUAAUAUAAAUCAAUUCAAUUAAUUAAUAAUGAAUAUUGCGUCAAAAAUUGUUGCAUUUGUUGUAUAAGUUAAAUCACUAUUACAGUAUCAGAAAUUCGGAAUGUAUAAUCGGUGAAUUUACCAGUCGCCAGCCUACAGUGAUGACUGCUGGAAAUUCGGAUAGGUUAUUAAAAAUACUCAUGUUUUAUGAUAUUAUGUUAAUUAGUUAUAAUCGAGAAAUAAAAUAAAUAUUCCUGCCUAAAAUUUUGUAAUAAUUGAGAAAAACCAAAAAAUAAUGAAAAAUGUAAACUGAUGAGUUUACUGCACUAGGAUUCUUUUAUUUUAAUUAUUUAGAGUUUUUUUUGUGAUUUUAAUUUAAUUCGUGAGUAAAUAAUUGGUUUUUUAAUUUUCUUUAUAGUUUUUUUAAUAAUUGAGCAAAACCGAAAAACGCGUAGAAAGAACGAGACAAUUUACGUAUUUUAAAUUUUUUUAUUUUUAUGUAAUUUAGUUGAAUAUAUUCGUAAAGAUUCAACAUUUUGACAGAAAACUUAUUAGUCUAUUCUAAACGUGAUAAUAUUUUCAAAUUGUUGAGCUAUUUAUAGACAUUUUAAUUUUACGAGAUUUUUCAUGUAAUUUUUAUUUGGUAGAUACUCUGGAUAAAAUUGUUAGACUAAACAAAGAUGCUUGGAAAUUUGACAGGAGGUUCAUUAUAAGUCGUAUUUAGUGGUCGAAAAAAUAAAAAAAUUAGUGUAAUGUAGUAUUUUUUUUUUUUUUUAUAAGAGUUCAAAUUAAAUUUUUAAUUAUGACGAAAACCGUAAAUAUUAUGAACUUUCAAAACAUCAUUAAUCGAUCUUUGUUCCGAAUCGUUUUUCGUUAUCAAUUUAUCGUAGGUUACAGGUAUAAAUUUACUAACAUUUUUAUGUAAUCCACAUUCCCUACUACCCACCUACAACAGUGGCCGCACCUAUCUCUAGUAUCUUUUUUAAUUUUAAUGGGCUAAAAUUUGGUAUAUAAAUGAACAGGGAGUCGACUGAUUCUUCCAUUGGACUGUAUUUAUCUAUGCGUGUCAAAUUAUACUAACUAUAAUCAUAUUUUUUUUUUAGUUUAUACAUAAGCGGUUUUGUAGAAUACCAAUUAAAUUAUCUUUCUGAGAUUAAGAUUUAUAUGCAUUAGUAUGAUAUUUUUAUGUCAACAAAGUUUUAGUAAUGUAAUUAUUUAUAUUACUUAGAAUUAAAAUACCUAUGUAAUUUUUAUUUCUGUUUAUUUUCGUAUAUUAUUCUAACCAAAACGGCAAUAACUUAGAACACGUAGGUAUAUUGCGUAUUCAUUUGGGGGCGAAAUGUCCGGCGGCUGACUAGUCAGUUGUUGUUGCGGAACGGUGGUGGUGAAUGUGUGGCGGCAAAAUGUCCUAGACCUACGAAAAACAUGAAGGUAAUAAAACUUUAUUUAGGCACAUAUUGUGACGUGUGUACAACUAUGCACAAAGGUCACCCUUGAACGUUUUUUUUUUUUUUUUGCAUUCGCACACAUAGGAAAGUAAUGGUAUUAUAUCAUUGAUGUAACUACUAUAACCAGCCGGUAACACAUUGGUUGGCCUACUUUUAUUUAGGUACUUACGUAUAUUACAGCGCGGUCCAGUCUCCAGGCGUCGUGUCUGAGUUUCACUAGUGUGUCGCUAUCUCUUACUCAACGCGUCGCCGUAGAAAUAAUAAAAACGCCGCGUGUGUAAAAUUGUAUUAUUAUCAUUAUCGUGCGGUAUAAUACCGUCGAUUUUGUGCCGCACAAGUAAAUUUAUUACGCCGUAAUUUCAGAAAAAUCGCCAUACAUCAGAAAUCGAACGUUCCUUGGCCGCCGUCGUACGGACGUGCAGUUGUUCGCAAAAUGCACACAUUUUAAGUGUUUUGUUUUUUAUUAAACCGCCGCGAUACAUAUUUUAUUAUUAUAUCCUACCAUCGAAUAUUAUUUUAAAUAAGAAAAACAAUACUUUUAGAAAAAUGACCGAAAACAAUAUUCUGUGCGCCUGCAUGUUCCGCUUGUCCAUUUUAAUUGGUCUCCUGUCGGUCGUGGUUACCAUAAUAUAUUAUACACCUAUGCCUGAUCUCGGUAAUUAUACGAUAAUAUUAUGCACUAUACAUUAUAAGAAUUUUUUAUAGACACAUUAACUGUAAAUUUUCGAACGAAAUUACAUAAUAUUUUAUUCUAUUCAUACAUAUUUUAAACGUAGUAACGAGGGAUGUACAGUGACGUAUUUAGGGAUGUGCGAAAAUGGAAAUCACUUCGGUUAGCAACAUUUCAAGGCCUGUAAAAUUUAAACGAUUUUAGGUGGCAAUUUGGGUAUCCAUGUAAACGGGGGAGGGGGGAAACUUAUUUUGACAUGAAGUGUAAAGAUCUGCGCUAUUGCACCACUAGGAGUCCAUGGUGUAUGAUGUGUGUGUUUUUUUCUGUUGGUAAUCAACGGUUAUACCUGCAAAAUUCUUGUUCCGAUCAUCAUCUUCUUUUUAAAAUUUCUGUUAACAAAUUAUGCGCAAUAAUAAAAUAAUAAAGUAAAAACAAAAUUAUUAAAAUGGUUAUUACUCGUAAAUAAAUACUUAAUAAAUAAGCGUUUCAAGUAGUUGUAUCAUCGACAUAAGUCGAUAUUGAGGAUAACGGAAUAUCGGAUAUCAGGUUUUUAUUUUUUUUUUCAAAAAUGAUAUUUGUUCCGAUAUUUUUGGUAAAAAAAUGUCUACCUAUAAUAUCCCUGGAAUAUUCAAAAAGCCGUUUAGAAAAUCGAAUUUUCAAUCCAUACUCGUAUAUUGGACAUUGGUUAAUUUAAAUAUAAACUCAUAGUUAUCGAUUUUGGAUCGUAUCGACUGAAUAGGAUAUCGGUAGCAAAUAUCGGACAAAUUAAUGUCGGCUUAACACCAGUUUAAGCUAACAUUUUGACGAAAGUCGUCAAAAACAUGUUCAACCGAACUUUGCUGGGGAUCGUUUUUCGUUAUAAAUAAUUUAUCGUUGUGAAUAUACAUUACUUAAUUGACUUUACCUAUGUUAAACUAACGAAACAUUGAGAGUAGAUGAAGCCACUGCAGUCUCCCUCUAUAAAUAAUUUCCCGAGUUGAACAAAUAAUAUAUCCACGGUAAAGAAAACAGAGAAUUAAUUAUGUUGUAAUGUUAAAUUUGUGUUUUUAUAAAAAAAGUACCUAUAAAAAUCGUUUUACGAAGACUUUUUAAUAUUGUUCGUAUAGAGAGGAAGGGGGUAACAUAAUUGCCCAUAGUAUUAAAGAAUUAUUAGUAUCAAUAUUGUAUAGGUUUUUAAUACUAAACUGACUGUAUUUAUAUUCGUCAAUUUUUCGUCACGUGUGUUUCAGUAUUUGUUUCGUUAUUAUUUCUAUAUUAUUUAGUCUUCGAUACAGUCGUUUGAUUUAUUUCUUUAUAAUCAUCCACAUUUUUCGUCAAUAUUAUAACCAAAAAUUAUUCUUAAAACUUUCCUAUCAAAUAUCAGAAGCAUAAUGUUUUCAUCCAUUUUACGAACUGCCCCUAGCGGGUUUUCGAGCCAUUUAUUACUAUUGGGUAAUAUUGAGAUUUGGUAUACUUAAUUGUAUUUUUAGGUUUUUUAAAAUGUUGCACAGGAAUGAUAAAGAAUAUUGUUUACAUUACUGUUUAAUGGACAAAAAAAAAAUGUUGAUUUUUAUAAACUAUAAAGUGAUAGUGGCUUUUUCAAAAUUUAAAAGUCCUAUUCCCUUCCGUUUUUGUCUUACCAAAUUCAUAUGUUUGUACACGACUUAUGGAAAAGGUCUGGAAAAUUUCAAAGCUCUACGGUUAUUUUGAACUGAACUACAACAUAUAUAAAAAAAAAUCAUAGGCACAAUAUACUUGUAAGUAAAAACAAUAUGAGUAUUCCUUGUUAUAUUCUCUAAAAUCUAAAAAUUAAAUUUAAACAUCUAUACCUUUAAUAACACCGUUGUAUCAUUGCGAUUAAUAAAUCUUCAUGGAACUCUAUAUUGUAAUCUGCAUAGGCAAAACAAUGAUUCGUCAAAUUAAUAAUAUACAUUUUUACGAUUUAGGUGUUUUUGAAAUUAUCGGCUAUCGAACGUGGUAAAAAUGGAUAUUGUAAUAUUCGUUUUGAAUUAAUAAAAUUUUCUUGGAUGUAUUUAAAAUUUACAAUGUAAAUAAGCAAGUAAUAAUUAACUUGGUCGAGCCGUAGGGCCAGUUUGAAAUCGCUGUUGUAUUUCCGCACGAAACAUUGCGUCACUGUGACAGCUAACGUUAACAAAAAUCGAUGAAGGGGUGUGAUUAUUCAUUGGCCGACUCUAUAUGUAUAUAAUUUACAGACUUCAAUAAAUGCUUUUGCCUAUUAUUUUGUCGUUUGAUGAGUAAUACAUUUUACUAUAAUAAUAUAAACUGUAGGUAAUCGGGGAAAAAAUACCAUAAAAAAAAAAACUAAGAAAUUAUUAGUUUUUCCAAAUUUAAAAUCAAAUUUUCGUGCAAUUGCCAACUUAACAGUUCAAAUUAUCAAGGUUUUUGGAGAUCACCCCAAGUACAUCCGCCCCCGCUAUCUCCAACCCAGAAUACCGCGUUUUUUUAAGAAACCCACGACUGUGCGUCUAAGCGUUUUUUCAUUCCGGAAUAAUAUAAUAAUAUCACUAAUUUAUUUAUAGAGUUUACAUUAUAAUAUUACGAGUACAAAUCCAUACAAAUUCUCACGUACGAUAAAGUAAUAAUAUUAUGUUGUAAUUGUUUAAGAUUUUAUUUUUGGGGGAGGGAUCCAGUAAAAGCGGCCAUACUUUUCAGCUUUGAUAUCGUGUUCAAAUCGCGACUCCGAACCAAGGUCGUUAUUAUGAUGAUAUUGCGCACUGUAGAGAUUUUAACGCUUGGUCAUUAUAGUGUGUUUUUAUUUUUAAAAAUAAUAUAUUUUCAUAGCAUAUAUUCAUAUACCAAACACUUUACUAACAAGUACCUGCCGAUUCAUUGUUGUUACAACGAAAGAUGGUUUAUGUGCAAUGUAGGUAUGCAAUCAAUGCCACGAAAAUUGAAAUCGUCACACACUGUGUGAAAUUGUCGGGCCAUCAUCCGUGCCAGGUGUGGCGUUUAGGGGGGGGAGAAUAGGGGCCAUUUCCCCCUAGGCAUGAAAUUACCUAUAAAUAAUAAUUUCUUUUAGAAAUCUGUAUAGAAGUUCAGAGUGUUAAUAAAUUAUAAUCACGGCCUCUGCAGAUAGUUGUGCUAUCACAUUAAGCGGUCAGGGGUCUCAUUGAUUGACUGACGUCAUGUUACUUAAAAGUAUAAUUUUUGAACCAAAAAGAUAUUGGGGACCCUCCCUAGAAGACGAACCAAAUCUGCCGCUGAUUCGUGCCUACAGUUGUUUUGGAUAUUUUAAGAUAACUGUAAUGCAGAGAGCAGUGUGAUAAAAUGUCUGUGAAAGUUGCCGUGACCAAAAAAAAAAAAAAACCAAUAUAUAUAAUUUACGUGUACAUUUUUUUAAAUUGUUUUAGGCAAAAACUAUAAUACCUAUCAUAUUGCAUACCUAAGUCUUAUUGAUUUUAGAUUUAAAUCUUUUAAAAUUUCUCGCGACUACAAAACGUAUAUCGAUUUCAUAUAUUAUAAUUAUAUUAUUAUUAAUAAACGAGUGAAAGUUAAUAUACAGUGGUAACGAUUGAAAUUGUACGAAAUGCUCAUUAAAAAUACAAUACGGUAGUCUCUAUAACGGAUCCACUGCUAUUGUAUAUGUAAUAAAUAUAGUCAUCGCUGUCAAUUUGUUUACAUGGCAUGGGUCCAAUAUAUCAUCGAUAAUAUAGUAAACAGAUCCAGCGGCGUACUUAGGAUUUUGUCAAGGAGGGAGAUAAUGAAUUUAGAAAUUGUGUCAUAUUUUAUAACUUGCAUCUAAGCUAAAUAUAUAUAUCAAUUAUUAAUUCAUAUAAUUUUGUAAGUAAUUUAUAAUUAAAUUUGCUCUAAAUGUAUAGUUCAAAUCUUCUAUAACUACUAAUCUUAAUGUAUAUCUAGAUAAAUAAUAAUAAUACAUUUAUCUAUUAUUUUUAGGUUCUAAUCUAGGGCGACCAUAUCUAAAAAAAUAAAAAAACAGGACAAAAUAAUUUCAGUAAUACAUUCAAUAAAGUUUUUUAAAUUCUGAGUGGAGAGAGGAAUGUAUUGGUUUUACAAUGGUGUUUAUUAGUUGUAUAUGGUUGUUAUAUUUCAUGAAUACAAUCACAAUCACUGAUAUAAUCUAUAAUGAAUAUUUUCGUUAGCAAAUUUAUUUUAUUAAAAAAUAAAAUAACAUCAACAAUCUGUAUGUUAAAACUAUAAAAUAUUUAUAUUCUCAAUUAAAUAAAAUAAGAAUUAAUACGGAAUAAUCGGUAUCGACAUAAAAAAACAGGACGAAAAAUGUCCCGAAAGAAGAUCGUCAGGACAACAGAACACAAAGCUGAAAAAAGACGAUCUUGCACAAAAAAUGAGUAUGGUCACCCUAUAAUCUAAUAUAACUUCUUUCAUAUAAGGUAAUGGUUCGGAUGUAGGUUUCGUUUUAAACAAGAAUAUUAUGUAUAUGUUCAGUUUUUUUUAUACAUAGUUAAAUUAACUAUAGGUAGGUACCUACCAACACAUUAAAUUGUAGAUUAUUCUUCUGAAUAAAAAGUCAAAAAAUUUGAAUUUAAAGACAGACUGCCGUAUAAAUAAUAGAUACUAACAAAAGGUUAAGAGGGAGAGGGAUAAAUCUUUCUCCGUAAUACGCCACAGAACAGACCAGAUAAAGAGCUAUAUUGAAUAUUAUUAUUUUAUUAAUUUAAUGAAUUUGUCUAAUUAGUUGGAGAUUUUUUUUUUUUAAUGCACGUAUAUACAUUAUUAUAAUUAUUUGAGAUGUUAUUGUAGAUUAGAUGACUGCAAGAUGAUGUACACAUUCCAUUAUAACUGAAUAAAAGUCCGAAAUCCUUAACACGAGUAAAUUUAUUUUAAAUUUUCGAUUUUGGAUAACCUGCAGGCCUCUAGUGUUUUGACAUUUCACACGAUUUCAAGGCGACAUGAUGUUUUCUGUUGAACUCAGCGGUGGAUUUGAUUGUCUUUAGCGACGAUGCAGUUUUUUUUUUCAGAAUAGGCUUUUGUUUAAAUAAAAGCUUCGAGAAUUAAGUUGCUGGGUUCAAAAAAAAUGUAUAUUGCAGUGAUAUAAUUUCUGGAUAAAAAUAAAUUAAGUAUUUUUUAACGACUGCUUUUAGGAAUAAGUAUAUUUGCAGAAAUCAAUUGGUACUCAUAAGAACACACUCUUGUUUUAAAUUAUCAUAUCUCAUGAAAUUUAGUUGGAUUUUUAUGAAGAUUUGUUUUUUUGGAUAAUACCUUUUGUUUUCCCGCAUUCGCGUAUUUACGAGUAUUAUAUUACUUACUAAUACAUAGGUUGCAUUAUAAUUUAAAUUAGAAAUGUUAUUAAAAAUAGAUGAUGGGUACCUAGUCAUAUUUUAUAAACGUUUAUUAUAUAAUUCAAAUUUAAAAUGAUUACGGUAUUUAAUUAUUGACAGUCUCUCGCAUCAAUAAGGAAAUAACGUAUUUGAUGGAUGGAUGUCAAUCAUAUGAAAAAAAACAUUAGAAAUUAGUUAUGUUAGCCUAGGCAGGGCUGUAGAAAAAACAAUGAUAUAUAAGUAAUUAUGUUGAAUAAUGUUUCUGUACGUUUCUUUAAGUUGAUAAGUUAUAUAACUCGUUAGGUUUUUUUGGUUGCUAAUUAUAAGUUUAAAAUUUAAAUUUUUGCGUUAUAUCUGGGCCAUAUUUAGGAAUUUGAUGCUUCGUGGGGCAACAAAAAAUACGUGAUGUUAAAAAAACAGACCAUUAUCACAUUUGCGUAUGCUCCUGCCUUCUUCCAAUUAGCUGAAGAUUUAUUUAUAUUUUUAUAAAAAUUAAAACUACCCCUAAAUUCCGCCAUCCGGGGCAAUUGUCUCCAAUUUUCCCAACCUAAAUACCGACCUUAUGUUCUAUACAACACUGAUUCUCAACCUUUGUGUUUAUGUGACCCAUGAUAUUUACCAAAUUUUCACGUGACUUUUUCUAAAGUUAAGUUAAAAAUUAAUGGUAGAAGCUACGCUCUUACAACCCCUUACAUGUAUCAACUACGACGGUUAAAUUAUAUUUUGCUAUAGAUAUUCCACAAAUAUAAUUAUAAUUCGUAUUAUCACUUUGUCAUAUAAAAAAAAUCACGCAGUGAGAGGUUAAGGUUUUACCUUUUUUUUUGUAAGUAGGAUUUUCGUCCAUUUCUUGUUUUAAAAUUGGCUUAAUUUGUAAAACAUCCUUUUUUAAACUUUUAAAAUGUCGUGGUGAUCUAAUCAAAAUUAUUCGUAACCUAAAGGUUAAGAACACUCUUAUAUAUACAUACCUAAAGAUAGGUAUCAUUUUAAGUUUCGUUUCCUUAAAAAAAUAUAAAUUUAAAACUAGUCGAACCGAUUGUUUUAUUUAAUCGAGCUUAUAUAUUGUUCCUUUUUUUUCGUCAUCAUUAUAAUAUUAUUAUGUCAAAUUCCAUGAGUAUAUCAGCUCGAUUUAGAACAAUUAUUAUUAUUCGAAUGCUUUAUUCUGCGUAAUAAUUGUUGUUUUAAAACGCAGGAUUUUUGGAUAUUUUACGGAUGUUCUACCAUCUCCCCACUCCGUCGAAUAGCGGUGUUAUACGAACUUACUAUCUACGAACUGUUGUAAACAGUUGCGCCAUUUUUACAUAUAUACCAGUUUACGGGUACUCAAGGUUUGACCGUCGAAAUAACGAUUUCAGUGGUCUUUCUUUUUACUAGGACAGAAGUAUAAUGAUUUUAUUAUUAAUUUGUUCUUAGAGUUAAGCAACUGUCAUAAUUAUUAAAUUGGUUACUGUAGGAUAAUUAUUAUCGCUUUUUCAUGUGUGUGUGUGUGUGCGUGGUGUUGAAAUCCGCAUUUCUGAUGGUAAAAUCAAAAUAAUUUAAACAAUAUUACACGUACAGGUAUAGUAUUCAGUAUAAAUACUAUGUACUGUAUAUUAUAUUGGGUUAUCCAUUUAUCAUGAACUAAUGAAUUUAUCGGAGGAGAAAAGACGAUUUUGGUUUAUUUCUUUCAAUCAUUAUCGAAUCGUUUAAGCUUCAUUUUAACACUAUUUACAAUUUGAUACCCCAUUACUUAUACCUUAAACGAUACCUUUCACGGGUAUACACUUUUCGAUUUUUAAAUAAGAACCUCCUUUUUUUAAACAUAAAUUAGACUGUAAAAUAUUCAUCAACAAAUGUCGAUAUGUAUAAUGUAAUGGGAAUGAGAAUGGUGAAAAACUGUAUAUUUUAGUCGAUUUCAUAUUUAAAAACCACGAUAAAAAUUUAUAUGAAUUGUAUUUGGCGGAUUUCAAUUUUGAAAAUGAAAUUAUUUUACUGGAAAUCGUAAACGAAUUUGAGAGUGUUUCUGAAUAAAUUUCAAAAAGGUUCUUUGAGUAUUUGGCCUUCAAUUAAAGAGAACUAAUGAGAAUAAAGAGAAUAAGAGCUAAAGAGAAUUAAAUAAAAACAAAAACAAAAAAAAAAAUUAAUAGAAAUCAAAUUCUCUUAAAAUAUUCCGCGGAGAAAAUCUUUGGUUCACGAUAAAUGUAUCAGUGUAUCACCCUGUAUAUAUAUAUUCUUAAUCAUUCGUUGACGAUUUUGAAAUUAAAUUUAACAACAAUAACGAUAAUAUUAUUAUUACCUAUACAUAGGUGUUAUUUAACCGAUUUUCUCGUUUAUAAAAAUGUAUAACACUAGCUGUUAUAAUAAUACAAACACGUUGCGAUUGCGUGCGUAUAACUGUCUUUAUACGUAUAAAUAUAUAUAUAUAAAUCUAUUAUCUAUACAGGUAAGGUAUCUAAUCUAUACGCGAUAAUAGGCGACGUAUCGUAUUGUUAUUGUUAUUAUUUCGAGUGUAUAUGUAACGAUUAUUGUCGGAAAUGUGAGAAAGCGAAGAUCGCGGACAAUGCGCCCGUUUAGAGUGCUCGUACAAUAAUUACAUAAAUACUAUAUUCGAAAGGGGAAAAUCGAAGUGGCACUGUCCACGACAAUUAUACUUCGUAGUGGACAGCGCAACGGCUAUAAUAUAAUAUUGAAGCGAACGCCCGAGAAGCGCUCAUUACGCGCGAGCCUGCAGUAGCGUAGUCGCACGCGAAGUAAUUGUAUUUCGCGAAGAUGGCUUCUGCGAGACGGUUAAACGGACUUAGGAGUCGAAUUUCGGCCAUGUUAGGCGUAGCCACGAUCACGGGAUUGGUUCUGUGGAAUACCGACUUACCGAGUGAGUAAAUAUUAGUACACACCUAGGUACGUGCAUCUCGGACCGGCCGCGAGUGUAAUUAUUAUCAUCUUUUCCUCUUAUAGACAUCUAGUUAGAGAUCAGUGACCUUCUGUUACCUCGUUAUUGGCUUCCCAUAAACCUUCCGUCGGAUAUUUUGUUGGGCACACGGAGUACUCUAGUAAGUAUUCCGUAUAGUGUGUUCAGCAUUAUAUUUACGUCGUGUAGGCGUAUUAUAUUACCUAUUCAUUAUCAUCUACUUCAUAUCUCUAUUUUUUAAGUUUUUCCGCGAUCCGCCGAUUUUCGUACAUAAUCUAUUAAUUAUUUUCCAUGCACAUUAACGUAUGUCCUGUAAACACUUAAUUUGUUCAGAUUGGUUUGAUAUCGACAUUUGCGAGUAAAGUGUUUCUUUUAUUACAUUAUAUAGGAUUUUGACGGGUCUUGGGGGGGGGGCAAACUAAAAGUUUAGCCUGUGGUGAUUAGGUUAGGUUAGGAUAGGUUAGGUUUAGUAGACGAUUUUCAUUAUACCAUAUACCAACCUGUUUACGUGCGGUACGUAUGUAACAGUAUUAUUAUAGUUUUAAAACGUACGGUUUUCAGAAGCUUCAAAAGUAAACUGCGACAGAGAGUGCCACGAGCUGGACUGGCCUUUAAUUUGCAGAUUCAGAAUCGUACUGGAAAGUCAACAAAUUCAAAAGUAAUAAGAAUCAUAAUUUAAAUACUUAAUAUUAUUAUAGUUGAUAGGUUGUAUUAUAAAGUAUCAAAUACCUAUGCAUCUUUAAACACGUAAAACAAACGAAACACAUACUUUGGUGUGUACCUACAGGUUAUAUCUAUGUCGAAAUCCUACCUAUUUAAAUAUUGAAGUUUUGUUUUCAUGUACAGUACCGAAAUCCAUACGCAUUGUUGAAAUUUGAUUAUGAUAUUAUUAUCAUGUAUCUAAUGUAAGUAGGUAAUUCGAAUUGUAUUUGAAAAAAAAGACAUGUUUGAAUGUCGGUAUAAGUACAGUUAUUACUAAUUGCUUAGUCGAAUGUAAAAAUAUGUGUACAAAAAAAAAAAAAACCAUUAAACACCAAUUAUUUAAUUCGUGAACUAUGUUAAUACUUAAUGGUUAUUAUUAUUAGACGCACUAAUAACGUAUAACUAAACCUAAAUUAAUGUCGCUAUAACAUUAUUGUUGUUGAUAGAUCUGAUCAAUUAAUUGAUAAAAAAAAAAAAAUAAUAAUAAUAAUAAUAAUAUUUCAGCAAUUGUCAAAAGUGUUCCGACAAUCAAACGGAAUGCCAAGUUGACAAUAUGUACUGUGAUCGGUACUCGGAGAAAGUCAUUACGGCUAAUAGACAAGUUCCCGGACCGUCUAUACGAGUAAUUAUAUUUUAUCGUUAACGUUUUUUUUUUACACAGUUUAUUAAAAUAAUAACCUUAUGGGUACCUAUAACUAUUUAUCCCGUAUUCCAGCUGUAGGUAAUUAAUAUUUCGGAAUCUGAAUAUAAUAUAAUAUAUUGAUGUUAUAUAAAUUCAUAUUAAUUAUGAUUUACCCAAUGCAAUUGUAAAUUAGUAUUCGGUAGGAGUUCUUGUUAAUUAUGUAAUUCAAAUUUCAAACGAGAAUAUUAUAAUAUCAUGUUAUUUUCCAUUACAUACCUAUGUUAAAACUGCAUAAAGUUUCCUUAUGCAAUAUAUUAUGUAAAUUAGCUUCUUUAAUGUGGUUUGUGCGCGUGCAAACUUGAAUAUUAUAAGGUGAAUUUGCGGAGUAAUAACGUUAUAACUUGUUAAAAUUUCGAGAACGCGGGUCUUCGUUUAUUUGUUCGGUUUUCCGAAUUAUUGGAAAAUCAAUGGUCAGUUGACAUUUUUAUUACGACCGUGAUUCCCCAUCGCGUAAUUCCAACAAAUUAGUCAAUUGAAUAAAAUUGAUUCACUGUUCUUUUCCAGAUAUUAAAACGGCUAUUAUUUGGAAAAUAUUCAUUGGUUUCUAAAUUUAUGUUAGAUUAAAAUGUUAAGGAUAAUAUCUAUAAUAAAUUGGCUAUUUAGACAUUCCAUAAAAAUUGAACAAAAUAUACAAAGUUAUUUUUUUCUAGUAAAAAUGUAAUUUUUUUUUAAAAUAUAUUACUCUUUGAAAGAAAAUUCGUUUUUCGUUAGCAAUUGUUUAUCGUUGUUUGUAGGUAUAAAUAAUUGUAUGUACCCCACCUACAACAAUGGUCGCACCUAUACGGGGGCUAGCCAGCUCUCAUUUUUUUGAAAUUUUCAGUAACCUAUACUUUUUCAAUAAUUUAUUUGAUUAUCUAUUUUGCAUUUAUGAGUAUUGAAUAUAUUUAUUACAGGUUUGCGAAAACGAUAUAAUGGUAAUCGACGUUGUCAACCGAAUACCAGGUCACAGUGUUUCGGUACAUUGGAGAGGCCAGUGGCAGAAAGAGACGCCGGUAAUGGACGGUUCACCUAUGGUCACACAGUGUCCAAUAUUACCGCAUACCACGUUUCAAUAUAAAUUUAGGGCCGCUCAGCCCGGCACACACUGGUGGCAAAUAUUAUCAGGUACCUAUAAGAUAAUAUCGAACGGUCUAAGAUCCGCUGUGAAGUCGAAGAUAGGUGUUCUCGGGUAUUCCCGAUAGUACCUAUAUAAUACAUGGUAUUAAGUAUUCUGAUUAUAAUAUGGAUUUAAAACGACAAUUAUUUUACUAAAUUAAAUUAAAUAUUUUUGGCAAUUUUAGGCGAUCACUUAAAAAUUGUGUUCGUAUAUGAUUUUAACAAUUUAUGCAUUUUAUUAUUUUCAAACCCUAAAAUAUAGAUUGCUUGUUUGCGAGUUGAGAACGUCGACACAACAAACAAUAACAUUACGAAUCACAAUUUUCAGUUUUGUUUUUUCUUUCAUCAAUUAUGAUCCGAGAAAAUGCGCGAUUACAAAAACUGGAACUUGUAUAAGAUAACGAUGUUGCAAAAUCUAUUGCCCACUGAGAAAACUUCGUCAGUAUCAGUCCUUUUUUUGUUUUUAAACCGACAAUAUUUUCGAUCAACAGGCGACGAGUUGUCCGAUAGAGUGUUCGGCGCGUUCAUAGUAAAGCAAUCAAAACGCAGAGAACCGCAUGUCACCAUAUACGAUCACGAUGACAUUCCGCACGUUUUGCUCGUGGAAUACGUUACUUCUCAAAACGGUAGUAAUGAAAUGCGUGUAAAUGGAAACGCGCCGUCGAACACGGUAAACUAAACUGUAGUAUAACAUCAUUUAUAGUCUAUAUAGUAACCAUAAACUUAUACUAUUUUAUUACGAUAAACACAAGAUUGCAAUUUUAACCGUGUCGUAAACGGAUGACCGCACGCAGGGUGAUCUAUUUAUCACGAACCAGCGAUUUUCACAGAGAAUAAUUUUUUGUGCAUUCCAUGGUCUACGCUUCUAACUGUAAAACAGCUCAUUAACGGCCGAUCUGAUAUUAGUGUUGGGUACAUCAACAGUUUUAGAAAAAUAUUCUGUAUUCGAAUCUUCGUUUAAAUGGGGGAGAUGGGGGAAUUAUUGCUAUUUGAAAGGCCAAAGUAAACCUAUACUCAUUUAAGGUAUGACGAGUAAGGGUACAUUUUGGGAAACGCGUUAAAAUAAAGCUCAAACGAUUUCAUAAUAAUUGAAAAAAAAAACAGAAAUCAAAUUCACUUCGACAGUUUUCGAGAAAAUCAAUGGUUCCGCGGUAAAUGUAUCACUCGGUAGUAUAUUCAGCAGAAGUGGUCAAUAGUGUAUAAUGAUUAAUUAUUUUACUUAUGUACGUACACUAGUGUUCCAAUAGUUUUUCAUUAUAAACCGUACUACAUAUUUAUUUUUAUUUUUAUGAUGUAGAAGGCUGCCUUAUAAAUAUUAGAAAACAAUGUUGUCUAUUAUUAUUAUUUGUAUGCACUUAAUCAAUGCCUAUGUCGGAACAAAAAUGCACAAAACAUAAAAUAAUUUUACGUUGUUGAACAAAUUUUAUUAAAAACAUGUCGUUAUACCUAAUAUACCUAUACCUAUAUACCCAUAUACCUAAUUAGAAAAAAAAAAAAAAACGAAUAACAAAUUUAUUUUUGAUUUAAGACGAUCACGGUAAAGAACAAUGGCAGGUACAGGUUUAGAACGAUAAACACUGGUGGGUUGUCACAGUGUCCGAUCGAGAUCAAAGCGCAGGAACAUUUUCUGACGGCCAUAGCGAUAGACGGCCACGCGAUUGAACCCGUACAGGUCGAAGCGGUCCAAGUCGAACCAGGUCUCGUUUCAAACGCACAUAAUACUAUUAUAAUUAGAUCGCAAUUGCUGAUAUUGUAGGGUUUGUUUGAAUAUAGGUGAAACGUUAGAUUUCGUUUUGACGGCGAGCAAGAACAGAGGAAUUUUCAACAUGACGGUCAGCUCCGGGGGUCACUGUGAGGACUCCAAUCUCACGCACACGUUGCACAUACAAUACAAUUCGACGCUGAAUGAUAUCAUUUUAGAAAUGAAAAAUCCCAAACUGUCGGUGAGUAUGCCGGGGGCUUGUCAGAAAUUAUUCAUAAUGUAAAUGUAAAUAUAUAGAUUCUAGAAUUAAACGCAAAGUGCGUUAACAAAAGAAAAAAAAAAAAAAGCACUUUUUUAUAAGACAAUGCAUUCCAAGUGUACACAUAAUUCGAUUCGUACAUCAAUAGUGAAACUUUUAUUUUGCAUUUUUCGCUAUUUUUUUUUUGUAGCCAUUUUUUCUUUUAGGGUUUUUAUUAAAGGUUUUAUUUUAAAUUUUAACAUAGUCAAUGUUUAUACGUCAAUUCAAAUAAUAUAAAUAAAAAUAAAACAAAUUUUUAUAAUACUCAAUAUGAUUCAGACAUUGACCAAUAUAUAUUAGAUAAUUCUAAGUUGGGCAUGUUCAAAUGAUAAAAACCAAAGGAUUUUAGUUAUUUUUCUCUGCCUUUCUAUGAAUCUAAAGUUUAUAAAACUUAUAGUAUUAUGAUGACCUAUUUGCAUUUAAAGUUAAUGUUAAUUAUUAUAAUAAAAUUUAAAAUUUGAUUUUUUUUUAUAUUUAGUGAAACCAAUUAUUAUUGUUCAAGAAUGGGGCUUAUAAUGUAAUAACUCACAAGUAUCUUUUCUAAUUUUCUUAUUAGAAUUAUGUCGGAAUAUAUCCAUCUCGCAUUUCAACAUUUUUAUUUUGGCAAACUCUAGGUAUAAUAUGUUUGAAGUUUGGGGCGUGUAAAUAAUUUUGCCUCUCGAUCAUGCUGCGUGUUUCAUAAUAAUAAUAUUAUUUCUCGAGAAACAUUAAAAUUCAAUAACUGCCGCAAUAAUUAAAAUUUUAGGAGUUAAUGAAUGUAUUAUAACAGUCGAAUACAAAAACCUGAGUACCUUUUCAUAGUGCAGGUACUAUAAAAUCGCAAAAUGUAAUAAAAUUACUAUUAGUCGUUUCAUAAAACUUCGCCUUUGCGUAGAAUUUUUCUAAUGUCUUCUCUACGGGGUGUAUGAAAGGUUAAUUGAUGUUGAUAAAAUGUGAAUAUUAUAAUAAAGUCUACCAACAGUCAGAAAUAGUAACAGAUAUAUUGAGCUAUUUUAUUAGCUGUACAAGCAUUCAGUAAAUUAAAAAUACCUACGAUAUGACUGUCCGUCAAAAUUACACUUCGUCUAUUGUCCUGUAAACUACAAAGAUCGUCAUAUCUUCGUGACAUUCAUUUUAUAUAGUUAUUGGUUAUAUAGUAUUCAGUUUUUAUAUUAUAUUGAAUCUACGUACGAAAUGUCAAGAUUAAAGACCCGGCGGUUUGAGCUGUGCGUUGAUAUGUCAGUGAGACGGUCGGUUUUUUUUUUUUCUAUUUGUAUUUGACCGCCGUCUUUGGAACGUCGUAAACGUCGAAGUGCUUAUGUAUAUUUAUAAGAAGUACGCCCAUAUUUACGUAUAUACAAUAAUGUAAACGCUUACAUUUUUCCGUAGGUCGACUCUGUGGUGAACCAUUAUGUGUCUAAGGCGAGUCUAUCGGGCUUACCCUGGGAGCUGUCGGCGAACAAAUUGAAAAACACCAUUUAUUUGGGAUUUUCUUCGAUCAAGUAUCAGCUUGGUGGUCAGUAGAACAACGGAACAAACGAAAAACCAUUUGUUUUUUUGUUUUUUUAAACCACGAACUUUUUUCAGAGGGAAGCUGGUCGAUGCCGAAUUUCAACAACAUGUCGAUGGUACUCCCGUCGGCGCCGCUGCUGCUGCAACAGCCGCAGGACGUGGUCGAGUGCAACUCCGAAAACGUGCCAUUCAAAUGUCGGUCUGGUUUCACGUCUUGUGAGUGUACGCACAUCAUUGACUUGCCUUUGGGCUCCGCCACGGAAUUGGUCGUUUUCGAUACGGGUACUGACAUAUAUCACUAUAUAAUAUAUAUAUAUAUAUAAAAAAAAUACCGAGCAAAAUUAAUUGAACUAAAAAUAACCAAUGGUUUUGUUAUAAAUCCACAGAUUGAUUGAAAAACAGUUCAUCACAACAAAUUACAUAGGUACUCACAUUUCGCCAAAAAUAUUGUUGGUACAUAUUAUUCUUGCUGUUUCGUAUUGAAUAGCUUGUAACUUAAAGGCAUUUAUCUUUAUUGGAUUUUACUUACUCAAUUUUGAAGUACAUUUAAUAUAUAAUAUCGUUUUAGUUAUAAACUAACAUUUCACUUGUUUAACGAUCUCUUCUCAGAAUCGUUUUAUAUAAUUUGAUAUUUUUUAUAUGUAAAAAGGAGUGUCAGAUUGGAAGUCGAUUACACAGUUGAAUAUUAAUAUUAAAUGCGAUUUCAGAUUAGGCUCCCGAAUAGGUUUGUUGACCAAUAUUAUAUUUUAUUCGAAUAAAGACGGGACUGGCACUUUUAAAUUUUUUUUAAAAAAAGGGUUAGAUAAACAAAGGCUCAAAAGAUUUGAUGACUUUUUUGCUGAUUAAAAAAUAGUAGUCACUCCGAAAUUCUAACGGAUUGUAAUAUUAGGAGCGCAAUAUAUUAUCAUGCCUACGAGUAAAACUUAACAAUAAUUCCGAACAAAUGAUAAAUUAACUAGUAUCAUUAUUAAUUUUUACAUUUCUAUCAGCAGUACGUAGCGUACCUAUAAUACUACCCAAUUGAAAUUUUAUAGACAUUUUUAAGUACAUUAUUUAUUAUUUUCUCACGGAUGAUAAAUAAUAACUAUCAGCGGAUAUUUUAAUGAAUUUUCCUUCUCUCCUGGUUUCAAAUCAAAUUCUAGUUUACCAAACAUUUUUUAUUUAUAUUUAUAUCUUUAUAUUUGUUUUGUUGUCGUUUCAGAGCACACGCUGUUCAGGGCGGACCGGUCGCAUUCGUUUCACUUACAUGGGCACAGUUUUCACGUGGUGGGCGAGAAGCGCAAGGCGUUUGUAAAGUCGGCGGAACACGCGAAGAAGUUGGAUAACGAAGGUCGAUUGCUGAGGAGAAACUUCGAGGGUGCCGCGCUGAAGAACACGGUCGUCGUGCCGGCGGCUGGCGUGUCAGCCGUGCGAUUCGUCGCCGACAAUCCCGGUAAUGAUGGACAAUUCAUCAUUCCAAACUUCAUUGGCUUUUAUCCACCGCGAUGAAUAUCAUAUUAAUAUCACUAUAAAUUUCGAUUUUGAAAUUUUGAACAACAUUUGAUUAAUCAAAUUUCAAUUAUUUUUGAGCCGUUGAAUACAUUUUAUUUACGUAUGAAACUAAAAAAUCGAAAAUUUCAAAUAACUCAAGGAACUCCAGAAUAUUUAGUACAAAAAAGGCUUAAAGUAUAAGUAUUCUAUCGAAAUGUCAGCUUUAAAAAAAAUAAUAAAAACAAAAUCGAAAAUACCGAAGGGUAUAGGAUACGUGAUUUACAUUUCAAUUAUAUCUACACAAAGAUUUACAUUGUUAACGAAAUACGAUUUUGAGCUAAGUUUGGUUGAACCUAUUUGAAAUGCCGUAAUUUGAAAAAUUUCCUUCAAAAUGUGAACUUUUUUUCUGCCACUAAGCCUAACUUAUGGUGAAUUUCGUGUACGAUUGUUAACCAUUUUUGUUAGGCCAGAACAAUUUUGUCCACAUAAAAUCCAAGAAUAUAGAAUUCAAAUUUUAUGAAAAUUACCUUUUAUCGUAUUUUAAUUGCAAUAAUCAUAUUUCUGUUUGGAAAGUUGUUUACAAAAAAAAAAAAAAAGAAAAAAAGUAAAACCCAUUCAGUAAAACCAAAGUAUAAUAUAAUAGUCAAUUACAUAGUUAAAUUGCGAAUUGACAUUUCGUAAAUGAUUCCAGAGUAAAAAUGUUGUCAGUAGGUAAAUAUAGUGUCAUGUUUGUAUUACAUAGUUGCCUAAAAUUAGUUCAUUAUAAUCGACGAACGAAAAUUCCUACUGGCUCGUAAUAAUAAACGUCAUUAAUUACUAAUAUAAUUGAUUACAACAUUCCGUCCGUGUUUCAGGAUAUUGGUUAUUCAGGAGCGAAAGUACAUCGGAAUGGUCCAGUGGCCUAUCGUUGAUUUUCCGAGUGGCAAACCCUACGGGAAGCUUUCCCAAAGUGCCCGAAGAUUUUCCCAAAUGCGGGAAUUUUAUAGGUCCGGAAUUUUUCUUGACAUAAUUGUCGUACACGUAUAAACUAUUGUUACCUUGUACAAUUUUGAUCUCUAAUGUUCAUGAACAUUACGUAUUGUUUUAUAAAUAUUAAAUUGUAUAUUAUAUUAUAUAUAUUUAUAUAUAUACAGGUGCUGUGGUACGAAUUAAAAUAAUGUAUAAAUUAAUCGAUUAAGGUACAUAUUAUUAUUGUAAACGGACGUUUUUAUUGUUAAUCAAUUACACUUAGGUGCACAUGUCAUAUUAUCCUAUCUAUGUAUUAUUGUUAUGUAAAUUUAUAAACGAAUAAACCGCUGCUAUUGAAAAUGUCCGGAUAUCAUGCAAUAUUUUAUUAUAACGUUAUAGAUUUGUGUAUUGAAAUCGAUUAUAUAAUAAUAUUGUAAAAAAAAAGAAGAUAUUUUAGAUUUCCGUUUCCGUUGUGAAAAAACUAGACGUAUUUCACACCAUGGGCAUACCCAGUUGAAUACAGGCCAUCGUAGUAGGCGG